UUUGUAAACAGACGCUUACUAGUGUGCAUGAAUUCGCAUCACGUCGGCAUCGACCGAUACGUCGAUGUGUGCGUGAUGUUAGGAAACCAAAGGGAAAAAAGGGAAGGGUUUUUUUCUGUGAGGAGACGAAGCACGAGAGAUGCAAAGAUUAAUCGGCCAUUUUCCAUCAGCAUCAGCGCAUCAUCUUUUCCACGAGAGAAGUAUGAUUUGAAUGGAAUUUAAAGUUAGCUUCUACCGCCGUACAUAAGUGAAAGUUCAAAUUUUGUAAGGAACUGGUCUUAAAAAGUGCAAUUAUUUAAGAAAACAAAACAAUACUAGAAGCGGUUUGCAUACGGUACAAAAAUGAGUGCAGUUGAUGAAAGAACGAUUUACGCAAAGCUCGAAGCGAUGAAAGACAUCCGCUCAAAAACCCUGCAGCUGGAGAAGCUAAAACUGAAGAUUGUUCGCGAGGUGGAGAAUGGGGAUGCCGAAGAGAAAUGUUUGUCCGAAUAUCGGCGGGAGCUGGAGUUGCUCAUGCAGGAAAAGAUGAGCCAUGUGGAGGAACUUCGCCAAAUUCAUGCCGACAUUAAUGCUAUGGAAACAGUUAUUAAGCAGGCUGAGGAGAAUCGUAUCCGAUCGAUUAACAUGGCUAAUCGCAUUCACGAAGAAUACGUCCCACUGAAAACCGAGGUAGAUUCAAUGCGUCGUGAUUAUUUGGGCCUGGAAAGACUACCGGAACUGCACGAAGAAGAAGGAACUACCAUUUCUCCGGACCGCUUCCAGAACUAUUACGCUACGAACAAGCCACUGUCGGCAGCUUCCGCCACCUUCUCCCGGCCACCAUUAUCUGCCCAUCAUCCUCUUCCGCCCGAUGCACCGGCCACAUCGUUGCCACCUUCAGCACCGCCCGGCUUUCUUCCUCCACCACCGGUUGCAAUGCGUAUCAACAAACCGCCAGAACUACCCACGAACCGCUUGCAACAGGCACCGUCCACGAUUGGCAUCGGUCAUCCGACAUUCAGGUCUGAUUUCAAUGUGAAUUUAAGCAGACAGCAGCCGCCUCCGAUGAAGUCUUGUCUAUCGUGUCAUCAGCAAAUUCAUCGUAAUGCACCGAUAUGUCCACUGUGCAAGGCCAAAAGCCGUUCGCGCAACCCCAAAAAACCGAAAAAGAAGGAUCAUUAACCGAUUCCAGAACGACUGAAAAGGUUGGAAAAAAAGUCGUAGGAACAUUCAUCUACAUCUUCCGUAACACGAUGGCUUAGUAUUUACUGCAAUUUAAAGUUCAGUUCACUGUACAGUGAAUCAAGAUAGAUGGCCCCAUAGAUCUGUAAGCAUAUUUUGCAUUUUCGUAAAAUGGUAAGAACGAUAUGAUUACAUACAAUUUUAUGUAGAGAUAGAUUGAUAGUUUAGCGAUUUUGUGGCAGGCUGUCCGCAUUAUCGAAAUUUCAAACAAAAAAUAACAAAUGCAAACCGUAGCAUUAAGUUUUAAGCUUCAUAAAAACGAUAAUAAAUCAUUUUCUUCAUCUUAAA